AAUCAUUUUGUAAACAUCAACCAAAGAGAAGGCAAUACUCCAGAAAACAAUAUCUCUAGUUUCAAGCAAUAGUCCAGAAAACAAUAUCUCUAGUUUCAAUUCAAUCACUCAUGGCAUCAGUUCAAUGUAACAAGCCCACUGAGCAAAAUAUUAAUCAUGUUCAAUCCUCCACCGUGAGCAACAAGACUAGCACCCCGACUAGCCAAAAGGCUGUUCGCAACAAGAACAACACUCCAACUAGUCAAAUGGCUGUUUCCAACAAGACCAACACUGCGACUGGCCAAAAAGUUGUGUGCGACAAGACUAGCACCCCGACUAGCCAAAAGGCAAAUAAUGAGAACCACUCUUUCGCUGACAAAAUGAAAGAAAUGAAACAAAAAAUGUUUCACCGUGAAAAUCAUACUCAACAUGGCCAGAAGGCACACACCCAGAAUGGACAUCAGUCCAUCUGCCAUGCGUCCUGUGCAACUCACGCUAACCAUGGCCAACAUUCUGCAACUCAUACUACAACUAAUGGAAAGAAAAAGAUGGAAGGCCACUGCAUGCCUAUGAUGCGUGAUAAAAUGAAGAUUACAAGGAAGAAGAACGAAGAAGAAAAAUACAAGUUCAGUGACAGCAGCAGUAGCAGUGAUGACAGCGACAAUGAAAAGUGUGGAAGGAAGAAGAACUAAGAGAGGAGUCUUGUGAAAGAUCAGCUACCAGGGGUGCAAGGAUGAAAGCAACUUGAAUAAGACAUAUAUCAUCAACAUUUCUUAUAAUCAAACGGAGAAAAGAUGUGCCAUGUCAGCAGAGUUUAUCUUUUUGAUUAUGUAAUGAAAAAGUUCAAUGUUGAAUUUUAGUGAUCAGGAGAACGAAGAUUUGUUCCAUUCACCAA